ACAAGAGAUCGUUUUGUUGGAAACGAAAGAGCCCAAUACAGUAAACUUAGGGACUACUUGCAUGAAUUGUUGAGGAGUAAUCUAGGAAGCAGAGCAUUAUUGGCAGUGACUCCAAUACCGCAGUCUCCUUCGUUGUUCGAGAAGUUAUAUAUAUGCCUUGACGCAUGUAAAAAGGGUUUUAAGGCUGGUUGUAGAAAGUUGAUCGGUCUUGAUGGUUGUUUCUUGAAAGGAUAUUUUGGAGGCCAACUACUUUCAGCCGUGGGUCAAGACGCUAACAAUCACUUCUAUGUGAUUGCAUUUGCUGUGGUCGACAGCGAGACAAAGGAAAAUUGGAAAUGGUUCCUCACACUGCUACAAGAAGAUCUUGGGGAUCAGUACAUAUAUGGGAGGAAUUUCAUAUCAGAUCAACAAAAGGGAUUUUUGCCUGCAUUAAAGGAAGUCAUGCCGCAUGCUCAUCACCGCAAUUGUGUUAGGCACAUUUGGAAGAACUUUACAAACCAAUUCAAGGACAAGCAAAUAAAGAAUAUAGUUUGGGAGUGUGCCAAGUGCACAAUUGAUGCUGAAUUUAAAAUAAGCAUGGAGAAAUUAAGAAGAGUCAAUGAAGACGCAUGGUCUUAUCUGUCGAAGUUUGAACCCCAAUGCUAGACAAAGGCUCAUUUCAGCCAUGGUCCGAAGGCAGAUAAUCUGACAAAUAAUAUGUGCGAGGUGUGGAAUUCAAGGAUAGUCAACUAUAGGACCAAACCUAUACUCACCAUGUGCGAGGAGCUGAGGUGUUACAUCAUGAGGAGGAUGACGAAAUACAAGAUGGUUCUGGAAACUUAUAUAGGAACUGAGUUGGCACCUACACAGCAAAAGCGGCUGGAUGACAUCAUAAAGGAUGUAAGGUACUGGUUUUCAGUUUGGGUCGGUGAUGAUGAACGCAAGGUCUUUGAAGUUCAGCGAGGAAACAAGAAGCUCUAUGUGGACCUAGGCCAUAACAAAUGCACAUGCAAUGCAUGGCAGUUGACAGGUUUACCGUGUGUUCAUGCACUAGCUGCAAUUGCUAGAAGAGGAGAUAGAGCUGAGAGCUAUGUGCAUCCAUUGCUUAAGCUUGGAGCAGCUAGAGCCACCUACCAACAUUGUCUCCAGCCAGUUAAUAGCGAGGAGUAUUGGACCAAGACACCCUAUGUGGCUCCAAUUCCACCUCGGAUUAAAAGGCCAAUUGGCCGCCCUGUGCAGAAGAGGAAGAAAGACCAAUCUGAAAAGCAGCAGUCAAGUGAAACCAAAGCGAAAAGGACUUUUAGAGUGACAUGUAGCAAAUGUGGAGAGUCCGGUCAUAACCACAAGACAUGUAAAGGUCCACCUGCUCCAAAUAGAAGAGCUUCUACAAGGAACAAUCCAAGAGCCAAUGGUGCAACAACUAACCAAGCGGCUGAAGAGAUUCAUGUGUCUCAAUCAGCUCCACAAGAACAGGCUGGUGCUUCUGGAAUUGCUCAACCCCAUGUACCUUUAUCCUUUCAUGGACCAUUAGCAACAAACAUGACCACUGAAACAGUGCCACAAACCAUUUGGAAUGGCCUUAAUGCUCAAGCCUCUACACGAGCAAAGCAGCCUAUUAUCAGGCCACCUCACAUAAUGAACCCACCAAUUUCGUCAAGCACCCCACCACCAAUUCAACCACAUCAAACCCUUCAGGGCAUCUCACAUGAAACAAUGUCUGCUGCAAGUGAGGGAACUGCGUCAAGGAUGUUCCAGUUCAUACCCAAUCAUGGUUUCAAGGCUCCGAGGAAGAAAUGAACCAACAUAUAUCAAGGCCUACUCUUAAGUGUUGUUUAGGGAAUUUUAAAAUGUAAUCAUGUGGUUUGAAAUACCUUUUAAGUAGUAUUUUGGUUGAGUUAGGAUAAACUUGAUCCUUUGUUUUGCUUCAUACAUGAGUAUUUUGGUAGAAUCAGGAUAAACUUGUUCCUUUGUUUUGGAACACAUUUUGAUGGAA